AUGUCGUCUCUUCCUGCUGCAGCUUUCAUCGGUGCCAUUGUUGUCCUUUUCCCUCUUCCUGCACACUGGCGAGCUCGCAAUGUCGCCACGGUCUCACUUAUUGCAUGGCUUUUCGUCGUCAACAUCAUCUACGGGGUCAACACUGUUGUUUGGGCACAUAGUGUGGAGAAUUUUGUGCCAGUCUGGUGCGAUAUAACGACGAAGAUUAUCAUUGGAUCAUCUUCAGCACUUCCUGCGUGUACACUAUGCAUCUGUAAGCACCUCGAGCUCGUUGCGUCCUCUCGGUCGGUCAACUCUACGCACGCGGACAAGAGACGGCGCCUAAUAUUUGAACUGGUGAUGUGCUUUGGAGUCCCGGCAAUUCUUAUGGCGUUGCAUUAUAUCGUGCAGGGACAUCGUUUCGACAUUGUGGAACAAUUUGGGUGUGAACCAGCCACAUACUAUUCCCUCUCUGCUGUCUUUAUUGUGUGGUUCUUCCCACUCUUAUUCGCCACGAUAACAAUGCUUUAUGCUGCGGUUGCGUUCCACCAUUUCUUACGCAGGCGUGCAAGUUUCGCGGCUCACCUCGCAAACUCAAACAGCUCUCUUUCCGCAAAUCGUUAUUUUCGCCUGAUGGCUAUGUCUCUGGCGGAGAUGGUAUGGGGCACAUCUUUCACGGCGUACACUUUGUGGGCCAAUGUGUCACCUGGUUUGGAACCCUACGUCAGCUGGGAUUUCGUGCACGCCGACUUCUCUCGGGUUGGACAAUACCCGACAAUUAUCCUCUCAGCCGAAUAUCGUCAACAAGUGUUGCUACUGUGGUGGGUUUUACCCGCAUCGGCUUAUAUAUUCUUCCUGUUCUUUGGCAUCGGAACGGAGACAAUCGCAGGCUACCGGCGCGUCAUCACUUGGAUUCGUCGUACUGUGUUCAGGCAGACCAUCGAUCCCCCUUUGGGAUCUCUGCCAAUACCCGAAAGACCCGUUCACAAGAAACCUGCCAGCAUUUUCACCAGUAUCGACUUGUCUGGGGAUGAUCAAACGCCGCCAUCGUACAGUCCACCCACUGAUCGCAAAAUCUUCCCAUCUUCGCCUGCCAAGAUGAGCACCUGGCCGACAGUCAUCAUGAAUCCAACACCUCUGGAUGAUCUUGACUUGCCUAGCCCGUCUGCAGCAUCGUCAUCGCUUCCAGUGACUCCGCGUAGAUGGUCUUUCCCGCGGUCAUCACGCCGAUGGUCGUUUUCCGGUCCAUAUCCUUCUCCACUACAUCCUCAGCGUCAUCCCAGCGGCAGUGUGGUUGUGCAAGUGGAACGCACACCGCGUGCGUCCUCCAAGUCAUACGUGUAUCCGGAUGCAUCGUAUCCAGGAGAUGACGCGAUCAUGACCACCAUCCUGGUCAAGUCGGAGAUUGCGGACAUGGUUUGA